GAGCGCGCUCCUGGUCGCCGCACCGGCCACCGGCUGGCCGCGAUGACGUCACAGCGGCGGGACGCGCGCAGGCGGAACAGCGCUGCGAGGAGGCGCGCCUAUGAUGACUUCAUGGGGUCAGCCAAAAAUGUGAUCGGCGAAUCUGUUGAUGUGGAGGACAGUUACAACAUGAUGGCCUCUUUCCAGCGGUCUAAUAGUCAUGAUAAAGUCCGAGAAAUAGUGGCUGAGGAGGGCCGGACAGCAAGGAACCUGAUCGCUUGGAGUGUCCCCUUACAGAACGAGGAGGAGGAUGGAAAGCCCAAAUGGCAAGCAGGAGGAAAACCGAAGCGGAUAACUCAGGGAGCCCACAAGGCGACCAAGCAGACCACUGCAUCAUCCACAGCUGCCGAAAAGCACUUCGAUAAAAGUCCCACGAAAACGAGGCAGCCUCGGAAGGUGGAUCUCCGAGCUCGGUACUGGGCUUUCCUUUUUGAUAAUCUAAGGCGUGCCGUUGAUGAAAUCUAUGUCACGUGUGAAUCGGAUCAGAGCGUAGUGGAAUGCAAGGAGGUGCUAAUGAUGCUUGAUAACUAUGUACGGGAUUUCAAAGCUUUGAUUGAUUGGAUACAGUUGCAGGAGAAGCUGGAAAAGGCAGAUGCCCAAAGCAGACCGACUUCACUAGCCUGGGAAGUAAAGAAGAUGUCUCCAGGACGCCACGUAAUUCCAAGCCCAUCAUCCGACAGAAUCAGUGUGACAUCAAAUGCCCGAAGAAGCCUAAACUUUGGGACUCCAGCUGCAACGGUGUCGGCUAGUCGUCUGGCUCCUUCGGGCGUCAGUUGGGCAGACAAGGUAAAAGCGAGCCGCACAGCGAUGGUUCCUGCUAGAGAGAGCAUGGCGACAACGCAGGCGUGCAUGUCUGCGCCCGUGCAGAAAUGUUCCCGGCGGAAUGAGCGAAGGGACGCCGAAGGAUGGGAGACCGUCCAGCGUGGAAGGCCCGUGAGAUCCAAAUCCUCCUCUUUAGCCCCGAAGACAACGUCUUUGACAGACCUAUCCCAGUUGAAGGAUGACAGUGACAAAGAGAACGUCGUUCUCCGUCCGCUGGAGAAUAAACCGAAGGAUUUGUUAACGGAGGAUAGCGCAUCCAAAAACACAGAUGCCACCUUGAAAGAGUCUUGCUACCAAUGCGAGCACCCCCUUGCUGAGAGAACUCAGUUCACAGCCCGCGUCCUCGAGGACCUCAGAGUCUCUGAGAAGAAGGAUGGCUUGCCGGAUGUUUCUCCGCCGUCGCCUUCUGAAGUGCCCGUCGUUCUUGCAGAUGCGGAACGUCCUUUGGAAAGCCCACAGAUGGGCGAAGGAGCUGCCUUUUCCCGGAGUCAAGGCGAGAAUUCAACAGAGAGAAGCCAGAUGGAAACCGAACUGGACCCUGCAGAUAUUUCAAAUUCCAUGGCAGAGGUUCUUGCUAAAAAAGAGGAGUUAGCAGAUCGCCUGGAAAAGGCCAACGAAGAGGCCAUCGCUAGCGCCAUCGCCGAAGAGGAGCAGCUAACCAGAGAGAUCGAAGCGGAGGAGAACAAUGACAUCAACAUCGAGACGGACAACGACAGCGACUUCUCGGCGAGCAUGGGCAGCGGAAGUAUAUCUUUCUGUGGCAUCUCCAUGGACUGGAAUGACGUGCUGGCAGAUUAUGAAGCUCGUGAGUCAUGGCGCCAGAAUAACACCUGGGGAGACAUAGUGGAAGAGGAACCAGCCCGUCCGCCGGGCCACGGAAUACACAUGCACGAGAAGCUGUCCUCACCCUCUCGCAAGAGGACAAUUGCAGAAUCUAAAAAGAAGCUUGAAGAGAAACAGAUGAAAGCUCAACAGCUGAGAGAGAAGCUGCGUGAGGAGAAAACACUAAAGCUUCAGAAAUUAAUGGAAAGGGAAAAAGAUGUCCGGAAAUGGAAGGAAGAAUUGCUGGACCAGAGGAGGAGGAUGAUGGAAGAAAAAUUACUCCAUGCGGAAUUUAAGCGUGAAGUGCAGUUGCAAGCGAUAGUGAAAAAGGCCCAGGAGGAAGAAGCGAAGGUUAAUGAAAUAGCCUUUAUAAAUACAUUGGAGGCCCAGAAUAAGCGUCAUGAUGUUUUGUCCAAACUGAAGGAGUAUGAACAAAGGCUGAAUGAAUUACAGGAAGAGCGCCAGAGGAGGCAGGAAGAGAAGCAAGCGCGUGAUGAAGCCGUCCAGGAACGUAAACGGGUUUUGGAAGCGGAACGCCAAGCCCGGGUGGAAGAGUUGCUAAUGAAACGGAAAGAACAGGAAGCUCGGAUUGAGCAGCAGCGGCAGGAGAAGGAAAGAGCCCGAGAAGACGCUGCUCGGGAAAGGGCCAGAGAUCGAGAAGAGAGGCUGGCUGCCUUGACGGCUGCUCAACAGGAGGCCAUGGAAGAACUGCAGAAGAAAAUCCAGUUGAAGCACGAUGAGAGCAUUCGGAGGCACAUGGAACAAAUCGAGCAACGGAAAGAGAAGGCAGCCGAGCUGAGCAGCGGCAGGCACGCGAAUACGGACUACGCGCCGAAACUCACGCCCUAUGAGCGAAAGAAGCAGUGCUCGUUGUGCGGUGUCUUGAUUUCCUCAGAGGUCUACCUCUUUAGUCAUAUCAAAGGGAAGAAGCAUCAGCAGGCGGUGAGAGAAAACAGCAGCAUCCAAGGACGGGAGCUUUCGGAUGAAGAAGUGGAACACCUGUCAUUAAAAAAGUACAUUGUCGAUAUCAUGGUAGAAAGCUCAGUCCCAGCAGAACCCUUAAAAGACGGUGAGGAGAGGCAGAAAACGAAAAAGAAAGCCAAGAAACUAAAGGCACGGAUGAACUCCAGGGCAAAAGAAUAUGAAAAUGCAGUGGAAGCGAAAAGCAUCCCCAGUGACUCCCCCUACAAAGCAAAGUUGCAGCGAUUGGUCAAAGACAUGCUAAAGCAGCUUCAGAUUCAAGACAGUAACAAAGUCUCUGCGCUGGAUAGAAUUCUGGGAGAGAUUUCACGUAUCCUGGAAAAAGAGAAUGCGGCAGAUCAGGUGGCAUUUCACGCCGCGGGGGGAUUUACAGCUCUGGAGCAAGUCCUGCAGGUCGUGACGACGUCCAGCAACCUGAACACCGUUUCACGCAUCCCCCUGAAGUCCCUCUGCAGCGCAGUCAAUGCUUACCUCCUGGCCUGCAGCCACUGUGUGGAAAACUGCACCUAUGUUUUGUUCAGCAACAAGAUUACUUUUUUAGUAGACCUGCUGAUGCACCAGUUGAUGGUUUAUGUUCCAGACGACCAUAAUACCACCUUAGGAAGAACUUCAAACAAGCAAGUGUUUGAAGGUCUAACAACUGGACUUCUGAGAAUCCUGGCUACAGUGUUUGGGUGUCUGAUCUCCAGCCUACCUCUUGGAAACAACCACAUAUACACACCAAAAUUAGUGCAAGAAGCAAAGAACAAGACGUCCCAGGUUGAAGUCUUCAACAGUAGGAUGCAAGACCUCAUCAGCUACAUGGUCAACAUCGGAUUGAUUGAAAAGUUGGCUUGCUGCUUCCUUUCCGUCCAAGGCCCCAUUGAUGAGAACCCCAAAAUAGCCGCCUUCCUGCAGAACGCCGCAGCCUCCUUGCAGGGAAUGUGCCAGAUGUGUUUUGCCGCCAACGGCAGGUCCUGGAGCAUCUUUGACGACACCCGCCAGGAUCCCACGGGGCUCACGGCGGCCCUCCAGGCCACGGAUCUGGUGGGGGUGCUGCAUAUGUUAUACUGCAUCCUUUUCCACGGCACCAUCGCAGACCUGAGCACGGCCAGCCCGAAGGAGAGCUACACCGAGAACACGGUCCACGUGGCCCUUCAGAGCUUGCGCUUUUUCAAUCGUUUUGCUGUCCUGGACCUGCCCGCGUUCCAGUCGAUCGUUGGCGGUGAAGGAUUGUCCCUGGCAUUCCGGCACAUUAUAAGCUCUUUGUUGUGGCACUGCUCCCAGCAUACCUGCGACGCACUACUGCAUGAAGUCAUCGUGUGCGUUGGAUACUUCACGGUGAAGCACCUGGAUAAUCAGGUGAUUGUCCAGUCUGGGCGCCACCCCACUGUCUUGCAGAAGCUCUGCCAACUUCCUUUCCAGUAUUUCAGCGACCCUCGCCUGGUCAAAGUGCUCUUUCCAACCCUCAUAGCUGCUUGUUACAAUAACCCACAGAACAAGAUCAUUCUGGAGCAGGAGAUGAGUUGUGUGCUGCUCGCCACGUUCAUUCAGGAUUUCACACAAAGUUCAGCCCAGACCGAGAACCAGCCGUGCCCACACAGGGCAGAAAAGACCUUCAGCUCCCAAGAUUACCUGGACCUCUCUCACAGGUUCCCUCGUCAGAGCUGGGAAGAGGCGUGGCAAUUCUUCUUGAAGAAAGAGAAAAAAUAGGGUUUUUUUCGUAGUCCUUUUUGAAGCAUUCAGCCAUUUCUGAUGGUUUAGCAAGUCCCUGCACUCUUUAAGAAGACGUUUGAAAGACUUUUUGUACUAAAAAUGCACAUACUGUAGAUAAAUAUAUACAGAUAUAUUUACAAAUAUUAUUUGCACUAUUGCAAUCAGAAGAAAUGUACAUACUUAAAAAACCUGUUUUUUGUUGUUCUGAAAAUAAGUUCGUUUGUUUUCCAUUAAUAUAUGCUACUUCUGUCUUCCCAACCUUGCCCACUUCCAAUGCCCUGGACUCCAACCCCCAUCACCCUAGCUCAUGUACACACUGGCUGGGGAUCAUGGGGGUUGUAGUCCAGGGCUUCCAGGGGGCGUCAGACUGGGAAAAGCUACGCUGCACCAUGGUUUCUUGUACUUUAUACCCUGUGGUGUAGCUCUUGCGCCGUGACGCUGCUGACAGCAGCCAGAGCUGUGGAGGAAGCCCACUUCUGCAAGAGCCAUUGAAAUGAAUGGGCAGCCUCUGGAGAACUGUAGAUUCAUUUCACCGGGGUUCCUUCAGGAGGACCUCCUACCACAGUACCCCUGGUGUCGCAGCCUAUAAAACUUGUGAUAAAAUAAUUUAUUCUGUUCUGUUGUCCGUGUUGUGUAAGUUUUUACACAAAAGCUCCUGUAUCCAGUGAGUUCUAAAUGGGGAAACUCAGUCCAAACCUUAGACCUGCCACUGUCCAAACAAUUGGACUACAAGCUGUCCCAUCAUUCCCAGCCCAUGUGGCUGUGGAAGCUGGGGUUUGUAGUCCAACACCUCUGGUGGACACCAGGUUGCAGGAGGCUCUGCUAGAGCUUCGAAGCCUUCUUGGGCUUUGAGUUCCGUUCAAAUUUUGCAGUAUGUUACAGAAGGUGAUGUACAUUUUUAUAACAGCCAUUCUCAAUAGUCUUGUAAGUGUUGAGAAUUUUCACCAGAUUUAUUAAAAACUGUAUUGCAAUUGGCAA